AUGAUCAGCUCGGCGGCACGGUGCUGCGCUAUGCGCAGCCAGGAGCUCUCGAAAGCAUUGACCACAUCUGGCGCCAAGAAAGUCCUCAAGGCCUACCAGCCGGAUAUGUACCAGGACAUGGUGAGCAUAGAUGCACCAGCGGUGAAGCAACAGCACCCAUCUUCGCCUAGACCGGAGAAGACCAUCUGGCCUAGAGCAGAACAGAGCAGCAAAUACACCGUCAUCGUGAGCUCCUGCGCUGUGCGCGCCGAGCCCCGCGCGGAUGCUGAGGCGGUGGGAGCCCGGAGCCGUGGCACUGUGGUGGAGCUCUUUGAGUUUGACCCAACCCGGCGUUGGCGGCGCGUUUAUGCUGAUGGCCAGGUUGCCGGUGGCUGGAUGCUCCUCGAGCAUGAGGAGUUCGGCUGCCUCUUGGAACCCUUGGAAGCGCCAGCAGUUGCAGACGCAAAGUGCCCACAAGAGGUGUACUGA